AUGUCCACGUCCGCGACCGCCAGAGAUUCACCGUCGGCGCGAAGAUGUCGUUGCGGGCGCAGUGCUCACCCGGUCGCGCGCAAGCACUGUCCGUGGCCGCCAGAUGCUCGCACGUCGCCCCCGCGACCGAGUCGUCAGGCGGCGGCAGCAUGUCUUCGCGGCGGAAAGAUGUACACCUGUCGGCUGAGACGACUGUCGUCGGCCGCCCAGACUGGCUUCCGAGUCGUCGGGCGAGGACUGUCGCACGUCGUCCCGUACGGAAUCGACAGCAUCGAACAGCAGAGGAGGCUAACAUUUGACGCGCGCGCUGGCGGCCCGUGCCGGCCGCGCUCCGCCUCCUCGUCCGGAGCCGUCUCAGCGACAGAGAUCGAUUCAUCCUGCUACAUCGUGUCGUCGUCCUCCGCUCUCUCUCACGCUAUACAUGCUCGAACGACUAUACGUCUCACAGCAACACCGAAUCACGAACGCAUCGGCAUAGGAAACGCCAUCACAGGAAGCCUGCACCUUCAUUGCAUGGCCAGUGGCGUCCGUUCAUUUAGCGUGCGCCUAGCGGAAGAAUACGGCACUAGGAGAAUUGUCGCUCUCGGGGCAAUUCUGGCGACACUGGGCAUGGCUUUCAGUUAUCGGGCCCUCGAGCUACAUCUGUUGUUCGCCACCUAUUCACUGCUUACGGGUCUCGGAAUGGGGAUGGUAAUGACACCUAGCGUUGUCCUCGUCGGCCAAUAUUUCGACGAGCGGCGCCCCCUGGCGACCAUCAUAGCAUCUCUGGGCGUGCCUAUCGGCGGAAUCUGCGCUCCGAUUCUAACGGUGCAACUAAUCGAGACGUAUACCUGGCAGGGGGCGCUGUUGAUCAUGGGCGGCAUAUCGCUGAAUAUGGUCGUCGCCGCAAUGCUGUUCCGCCCUCUACCGGCGCAGAAACAAACGACGACCGCAGGCGCCAGAAGGACGACCGGAGGCGCCAAAAAGAAGACCGCCGCGCUGACGAAACACCAACGCGGCACGCUGGCACUGCACGUGGCCGCCAUCUUAUGCUUAGCGGGAGCCAAUAGCAGUGUGUUCAUGAUGAACGUGAAAUACGGCGUCGAGCUGGGAAUUCCGAUAGACUCCGUGUCAAAGUUGCUCGCCAUCACGCACAUCACUAGCACUCUGACUCGUUUAGCAGUCGCCCUGCUCUCGACGAAACCCUGGUUCGAUCGCUGCAUCGCCUACGCGGCCGCCGUCUUUGCAAAUGGCGUCGUCUGUCUCGUGUACUACUUCGCUACGGCGCAUGCGCUGUUCCCGGUCGUGCUGUUCGCGUUUGGACUCGGACACGGCGUGUCUCAGUCGCUGAUGUCGGCAAUCAACGUGGAUCUGUACGGAAUGAGGAAUCUUCUACUCACCGAGGGGGUCAUCAACUGCAGUAACGGACUCUCCACAGUCGUCGUCCCCACGAUCACCGGCAUCUUGGCGGAUUAUUUUGGAGACACCAGAACGCCGUUUCUCUUCAAUGCGGCCAUCACGUUUAGCGGAGCUUCUCUGUUUGUCUGCGUGCUGCUCCGGCACCGUUGCCAGACGAACAAGAGACGGCGCCGCGUGGCGGAGAAGAAGCUACCGUCUACUUGUAGCAGAUGA